CCAUCUCCCCUUCACUGUGGAUCGGGUUCUGAACUAUACGCAACCCAAUUUUGGGUUUCUCUUCAAAGCCAGCUGGUCUGGCUUUAUUUCUUUACCUUCAUUUUGACUCAUUUACUGUCUUUUUUCGCAUUUUAUUUAAAUUUUUUACAAAGACUGGCCCACAGCAGGUGCUGGAGGGUAGACUUCCUGGAGAAGAAAGUUAACUGGACUGGUGCCAUAAGAAGGGCCUGAAAGCCUCAAAAACCCAUUUGAUGGAGACACAAAAGCACAGAAGAUUCACAGGGAGAAGACAGUGUUGAUAAAGAAGGUUAUGAGCAAGUGAUUGGAACGGAUGUCGAAGUCUUUGAAAUAAGAGGAAAGAGCACAGAGGAAAGACUGCAUUGAGGAUCGGAGACAGAGUGAGAGAGUGAUAGGAAGGAAGACAAGCGGAGAGUGCUUUUGGAAUAGGAAGGAAUCCCAAACCGAAAUAAUGGGAAGGAAAAAGAUUCAGAUUGCGCGGAUAAUGGACGAACGCAACAGACAGGUUACGUUUACAAAGAGGAAGUUUGGACUAAUGAAGAAGGCCUACGAGCUGAGCGUUCUAUGUGACUGUGAGAUUGCCCUCAUCAUCUUCAACAGCACGAACAAACUUUUCCAGUAUGCCAGCACCGACAUGGACAAAGUUCUGCUCAAAUAUACAGAAUACAACGAGCCCCACGAGAGUCGGACGAAUUCGGACAUUGUGGAGACUCUAAGGAAAAAGGGUAUAAACGGCUGUGACAGCCCUGAUAUUGAUGCUGAAGAUUCCGGCCACAGUCCAGAGUCUGAAGACAAGUAUCGCAAAAUCACCGAAGACAUUGACCUGAUGAUAAGCAGGCAGAGAUUGUGUGCCAUCCCCCCCUCCAAUUAUGACAUGCCUGUCUCAAUCCCUGCGAGUAACCCCAACAGUCUGAUCUACAGCCACCCAGGAGCGUCGCUGGGCAACCACAACCUGCUGCCACUGGCCCACCCUUCUCUCCAGAGGAACAGCAUGUCCCCUGGAGUGACCCACCGGCCCCCGAGUGCUGGCAACACAGGUGGCCUCAUGGGUCCAGACCUCGGCAGCGGAUUGGGCACCAGUGCUGGAAACGGGUACGGGAACCACCGCAACUCCCCUGGUCUGCUGGUCUCUCCGGGAAGCAUGAGUAAGAACAUGCAGGCCAAGUCUCCUCCACCCAUGACCAUGAACAUGAGCAACCGUAAACCUGACCUCCGAGUGCUGAUCCCCCCCGGCACAAAGAACACCAUGCCCUCCAUCAACCAGAGAAUAAACAACUCCCAGUCAGCACAGUCCUUGAGCACCCCAGUGGUGUCUGUAGCCACGCCCACACUGCCAGGACAGGGACAGGGUAUGGGCGGCUACCCAUCAGCCCUCUCUACCUCAUACGGUACAGAAUAUUCUCUCAGCAGUGGAGACCUGUCCUCUUUGUCAGGUUUUAACAGCUCUGCUUCUCUUCAUCUGGGUUCAAUGACCGGCUGGCAACAAAACAUGCAGCAUUCAGGUCUUGGACAUUUAGGGAACUGCACCAGCACACAAUUGUGUCAGAACUCCACCCUUUCCCUACCAUCCAAUCAGAGCCUGCACAUCAAAUCCGAACCCGUCUCUCCUCCCCGAGACAGGGCCGGAGGCACCACGUGUGGCUACGCCCAGCCUCUGCCCCCUCAACCACAGCAGCAACAUGUGUCUCAACUGGGUCAACUGCGGCAAGACGCAGGCCGCUCACCCGUCGACAGCCUGAGCAGCUGCGGCAGUUCGUACGAGGGCAGCGACCGUGAGGAGCAUCGCGCCGACUUCCACUCAUCCAUGGGACUGCUGAUACCCUCUCAGGAGGAGCGACACAGCCCGUCUGUCAAACGCAUGCGCCUGUCCGAGGGCUGGGCCUCGUGAUUGGCUCCGCCCACCGGCGGUACCGCCCCUCAAGGAGGGCUUUUCUAUGUGGAGAUUUCACUUUAUAGUAUUAUAUUUGUUUCUGCGGAGUGUGAGUGCUACAGCAAUAUUAUAUAUAAGAUAAACAGGGAGGGUGGGCGUGUUUGUGAUUUGGGGUUGGGGGUAAGGGACAUGCAUCGCUUGUGCCAUUUGUGGGGAAAACAGAAAAAAAAAAACAUACAAGCAAUUUUACAUACGUGUGUAUGUAUGUAUACAAGCAUACAGGAUAAAAAAAAGAGAAGUCUGGUACUCUUGUUUGGUAAAGCUACUUUUUAGUUCAGUAAUAUAUUAUGCAUAAUUAAAUUAGUAUAAAGAUGCAUUGAUGUGUCUCAGGGCUUGUACAAGUAAUAUUUCCGUACAAACCGGGGCCUUUAUGCUCACCGUCAAUGCUCACUAACUUGCAAAUGUAUGUUAUCACAGGCAUUGUUGUGUUGCAGGUUCAACGUAUUUUUGUAAAUAGGGGACGAUGAGGCUUUUGGGUAAAUAAGCUGCCAGGAUUUGCAGACUUAUUUACGAUUAACGUACAGAGAGAGAGAGAAAGAAAUAGAAAGAGAGAGAGAGACAUCACGCACCAUUUUAAGAAUACAUAUUCAAGGGCCCGGGCCCGAGGAUUGUGCACAAUUAAGAAUACAAACGGCAUCAGGAAUUGUUCUAAAUAAAAAGGAUUCUAUUGUAAAUGUUAAUGUUAUUUAGAGCCAUGUUACCAACUUAUCCUAUCCCCAAUGGAGGCAAUGUACAAAACAUUUUGCUUAUAUUUUCAUAAAAAAUGCAGAGCAUUUGUUGCUACCUGUUGACCACAUGAGUCUAAAUGUGAUUUCAAGCUUUGCCGAUGUUGAACAGAAAGGUAAAGCUGUGUGUGCUCCAAAAAUAAAGCCAUAUAAACAAUUUAGCAUCAGUCUUUCCAGAGUUUUUUUGUUGCAUUAGUUACUAAUGAGCAUCCUAAACAUCACAACAUUAAGAGGACCUUAGGUGUUUUUGGAUCAGUGUUUAUUUACAGGUUAUUUGCUGUCACAGACAUAGGUGUUUUCCCCCAUUCUAUUUAAUGUAACAUUUCACUGCAAAACACCAUUAGAAGAUACCCAGACAUUGUUUUCAGUCAAUCCACCUGAAGAAACAUGUAGAUUUGAUUAAUAACAUGAGCACAGUACUUAGAGUUAGGUUUAAAACAUUACGAAAGAAAUGCAUUUACUGAUAUGUUUUUGCCAUAUGUUUUCAAAUCUACUUUAUCAAACUAAUUGGAAGGAUUUUGCAGAUGAAACAUCAAACAUUUUUUUACAUAUAUGAUGAUAUAUCCUGACACAGAGUGGCAUAACACUUAGCACUUUAGCAGUUUAACUCUAAAAUGCUUAUGAAAUAUUCACAGAAAAUCCUUCCAGUGUAACUGGGAUGAUUUGGUAAUCUUCAGUUCUCAAUGUUUGUCUUUUAUGUGUAGCCUUAGCAGAAAAUUCCAAAAGUACUUUGGUAACUUUAUUUACAGCAACAUUUGCAGUUAUAUCAAAUAUUAUAUAAUCAUUUAAAAAGGAACGAUGGUUAUCCUUAAACAUAUUGUACUACAUGGUAAUUAGUUUUUGUAAUUUUAACGGUAAAAGACUGUAAAAAUGCUACAG